AAAAAAACCCUAAUGUGUUCACUCUAAAAAAAUCUGAAUAUUUCAGCCACCACACCAUUUCUAUCUCUUUCCGUUUCUAUUCGCGUGUUCCACUCAAACAAACCUUGCUCUAUAAAACAACUCGUUUCUCCGAUAUCAUCAAAUCUUAAUCAUCCAUGGCGAAUAUUCCCGAUCCAGAUAUCGACGACGAUUUUAGCGACAUUUACAAAGAGUACACUGGUCCUCCAGGAUCUGGAUCUACUCUAGAGAGAGCAAAAUCAAACAAAAGGUCAAAUGCAGGUUCUGAUGAAGAAGAUGAAGUUCGUGAUCCUAAUGCUAUUCCAACUGGUUUCAUCAGCCGUGAUGCUAAGGUUUGGGAAGCUAAAUCCAAAGCUACUGAGAGAAAUUGGAAGAAAAGAAAAGAAGAAGAAAUGAUCUGUAAACUCUGUGGUGAAUCAGGGCAUUUCACUCAGGGUUGCCCAUCUACCCUUGGGGCAAACAAUAAGUCUCAAGAAUUAUUUCAAAGGAUACCCGCAAGAGACAAAAAUGUAAGAGCACUUUUCACAGAGAAAGUUAUAAGUAAAAUUGAAAGGGAUAUUGGCUGCAAAAUUAAGAUGGACGAGAAAUUCAUUAUUGUCAGCGGUAAGGAUAGGUUAGUUUUAUCUAAAGGUGUUGAUGCUGUGCAUAAGAUUAGAGAGGAAGGUGAACAAAAAGGAUCUUCCAGUUCUCACAUGAAUCGAUCAAGGUCACCACCAUCUCACCGAUCAAGGUCACCACCACCUCAGAGAAGUCCUGUUAAUGCCCGGUUUCAGCGCUCUGAGCCCCAGAGAUCUCAUUCUGCACCACGGAAUACCCCUCCGUUUCCACAAAGGUUUGGUAGGCAAGAGAGAGCUGUUGAUGAUCGUGUUCGCGAGGACACUCAAAAGUUUGCAAGAGAUUCUCCACAAGCAAGAGCUUAUGGGAAUAGUGCGCCUAGAGGUCGUUCAAGCCAGUCAAGAUCUCCAAGACAGGCUCCACAUUCAGGGAACUCUUAUAAUUCAUUUGAUGGCCGAAGUCAAAACAUGAGUACUUACAAGAAUGAUGGGUGGGAUUCUCACAGGAGAGAAUCUGGUAUCCAACCCGGUCAGCAGUUUGAUCACAAUGCCCCACCUCAGUCUCUAGAAGAAUUAGAAUUAGAGUAUAAAAAGGAGGCAAUGGAGCUAAUGAAAAUUCGUGACAGAGAAGAAGAUGAAGAAAAUUUCCAGCAUCGUGAGGCUAUUCGAGAUAUGAGGGAGAAGUACAUGAACAAAGUUGCUUUGUUGAGUGCCACACAUGCAAAACAAUGGGAAGACUUUUGUCAGCUUGAUGCUCAGAGACGUCAACAACAUUCCAUCCAGCAAAUGUCUCCUGGAUAUCGGGGUUAUAAGCAGCAGAAUUUUGCUGACUAUGAUAGGUCUCCUGUCAAUCCUCCCUUUGUUGGAACCAAUUUACCUUUGGAAUCAAGGAAUAGGUUCUCAAACAGUAUGGAGCCUUAUCCUACAAGGCCUCAUGAUAAUUUUGGUGAAUUUCAGAGGCGUGGAGAUUUCGCAAAAGCUUACAACCGAUAUUAAAAUUCCUUUUAUCAAGUGGUUCCUGAUUGAUCGAGUAGGUGUUAAAUGAACGAGAGCCCAUAAGUUAGGUAAGUGUGUUUUUUAUUAAUAUUAGGAUUUGGGAAGUGACAGAUUCUAUUUAAUGGAUCUGGUUUCUUUUUGAAUAUGCUCAGUCUUGUCAAGAACUUUGCUGUAAGUUGUGAUGCAUUGUUUACUAUCAGUAACCGGUAACAUGGUACUGAAGCAUUGUCAAUGUAGUGAUGUUGCGAUAUCAUAUGAAUCGAUUGUUGAUUUAGUUGUGAACGAAUUUUAUGCCUUGUUGCAA